CAUAGCAAUUUUCAUCAAAGCCAUAAAAGGCUCUCUCUUUAUUAAACCCUUCGUGUCUACAAUCUUUAUGUACAAGCACGAAUUGCUAGAAAGUAUCUUACUCAAAGUUGACAACUUUACUGUGAUGUUAAGAGUCACCGUGUGGGAUCGGCAAGACCAAUCCAGUUACAGACGCUGGGAAGUUCUUACUUGACGGUUUUGCCCAUGUCCAUUGCUGUAAUUUACGAGAAAACCCACCUCUGUUUUCAACCUCUCCUAGAGAUACAAGCCAUCGUCGUCGAGCCUGAUAACUGAGAUUUGAUCCUCCAUCUUUUGCUCGAGUCUGUUGCAAUCUCUGCUUUUUCUUCUUGUUUCAGGGAUUUAGCUUAAGUUUAUCGCAUUUCCUAAAUUGCCCUCGUCUCCACUUUCACUCUCUCUCCUUUUAUCUCUCCCUAUGGCCACCGUCGCGCUUCUUCGGUCUCUCCGCCGCCGUGAAUUCCACGCAGCUCCCAUCUCUGCAUAUAAAUUCAGUUCUGCUAGCGCCGGCAGGAGGGCGACGGAGCUCCGGUUACAUGGAGUCAAGGACAUCAUCGCCGUUGCGUCUGGUAAAGGCGGAGUUGGAAAGUCUUCGACAGCUGUAAACUUAGCUGUUGCAUUGGCCACUAAAUGUGAACUGAAGAUUGGAUUGCUUGAUGCGGAUGUAUAUGGACCAUCUGUUCCUAUCAUGAUGAAUAUCAAUCAAAAGCCUCAAGUUAACCAAGAUAUGAAGAUGAUUCCAGUUGAGAACUAUGGAGUUAGAUGCAUGUCAAUGGGACUCCUUGUUGAAAAAGAUGCACCACUUGUGUGGAGAGGUCCUAUGGUAAUGAGUGCUCUUGCUAAGAUGACAAGAGGAGUUGAUUGGGGAGAUCUUGAUAUUCUUGUUGUUGAUAUGCCUCCUGGAACCGGUGAUGCUCAAAUUACCAUAUCUCAAAACCUGAAACUCUCAGGUGCUGUUAUUGUAUCAACUCCACAAGAUGUUGCGCUUGCUGAUGCUAAUCGAGGAAUCUCCAUGUUUGACAAAGUUAGAGUACCUAUCUUGGGACUUGUGGAGAACAUGAGUUGCUUCGUUUGUCCUCACUGUAAUGAACCUUCUUUCAUCUUUGGGAAAGAAGGAGCACGCCGCACUGCUGCAAAGAAGGGUUUGAAACUUAUCGGUGAGAUUCCACUGGAAAUGUCGAUCAGAGAAGGUUCUGAUGAAGGUGUUCCUGUGGUUGUUUCUUCGCCGGGUUCUAUAGUGUCAAAAGCUUAUGAAGAUCUAGCUCUAAACGUGGUGAAAGGACUCAAGGAGCUAAGAGACAAUCCAGAUAAUGAGAUUCAGAUGAAGCUAAAUGUUCCUCAUUCUAGCCCAUCAUAGAACAAACACUUAUAUAUGACCAAAGUUUUGUCUUGCUGCCUCACUUUCUCAGAUUUUUGUACCAAAGAGAGUGUUUGCGAAGAGAAGAAUGUAUUUGUAGAUGAUAAAAGCAAUAGAGCCAGUCACGGUUUAUGAACCAUGUGAA